AUAGCUCCCGAUGCUAGUCCGAUGCUACACGGCUAAAUACAAAAGCCACGGAGCCCGGAGCGCGGAGCAAAGGGACCAGCGCAGCGCCUCUUCGCGAAGUCGUGCGAUGGACAGUUGUUUCGGGAGAAACUUGGAUCUGAACUGAACCAAAACUCCCCAGACGAGUGUGUGGCUCUCAACUCUCCACAAGCAGUGGACACUGCAGUCCCCGGGUGCAUUGCUGCGUGUUGACUCGGCAUCAUGUCUGACGCCCCAGAGACAGCGCCCCCUAGCCCCCCGGCCAUCACCAACCCUCCCCCUCCCGAGGUCACCAACCCAAACAAACCAGGACGCAAGACCAACCAGCUGCAGUACAUGCAGAACGUGGUGGUCAAGACGCUGUGGAAGCAUCAGUUUGCCUGGCCCUUCUAUCAGCCCGUGGACGCCAUCAAGCUCUGCCUCGCUGAUUAUCAUAAAGUGAUAAAGAACCCUAUGGACAUGGGCACCAUAAAGAAACGUCUGGAGAACAACUAUUACUGGAGCGCCAGCGAGGCCAUGCAGGACUUCAACACCAUGUUCACCAACUGUUACAUCUACAACAAGCCCACAGACGACAUCGUGCUCAUGGCCCAGGCCCUGGAGAAGAUCUUCCUGCAGAAGGUGGCUCAGAUGCCUCAGGAGGAAGUGGCUCUGCUCCCUCCAGCUCCAAAAGGGAAGAAACAGAGCAAGCAGCCGGCCGCUAACCCAGUGAACCAGCAGCAAGCAGAGUCCUCCUCCCCCUCCCCCUCUCAGACGCCUGUAAUCUCAGCCACGCCCACACCUCUACAGGCCACUCCCCCUGCCUCCGCCCCACAGCCGCCGGCCGCCAUCAUGCCCUCCGCCCAGCCCGUUGUCAAGCAGAAGAAAGGGGUGAAGAGGAAAGCGGACACGACCACUCCCACCACGUCCGCCAUCUCCUCCAGCCGCGCAGACUCGCCCACGGGCCCCGAACCCAAAACCAAGCCCUCGCGCCGCCCCUCCGCCAAGUCCAGAGAGGAGCCGGGAGCCGCCGAGGCAGUGGGCGGGGCUCCGGCGCCGGGGGCAGGCGCCAAGCGGGUCGGGGCGGGGAAGUUAGGGGAGCAAAUGAAACACUGCGACGCCAUUUUGAAAGAGAUGCUCUCGAAGAAACACGCGGCGUACGCCUGGCCCUUCUACAAACCUGUGGACGCCGAGGCGCUGGAGCUGCACGACUAUCAUGACAUCAUCAAGCACCCCAUGGACCUCAGCACGGUCCGGAAAAAGAUGGACAAAAGCGAGUACAGCGACCCCCAGAGUUUCGCCACAGACGUGAGGUUAAUGUUUUCCAACUGCUACAAGUACAACCCCCCAGACCAUGAGGUGGUGGCCAUGGCGCGCAAACUCCAGGACGUGUUCGAGAUGCGUUUCGCCAAAAUCCCCGACGAAGGGCUGGAGGCGUCCGUCCCGUCCACGACUCCAGUGGUCAGUAAAUCCACCGCCUCCUCCGACACCAGCAACAACUCCUCCUCCGACGAAUCCUCUGACUCUGAGGAGGAGCGAGCCACGCGAUUGGCCGAGCUCCAGGAGCAGGUGGGUGAACCGGCCAAUCGCAGAGGGGCCAAUCACAGACCAUCCAAUCACAGGCUGAAGGCGGUACACGAGCAGCUGGCCGUACUCUCACAGGCGCCCGUCUCCAAACCAAAGAAGAAGAAAGAGAAGAAGGACAAGGAGAAGAAGAAAGACAAAGGGAACAAGGCCAAACUAGAGGAGGAGAAGAAGAAACCUGUGGCAGCCGCUCAGCCCAAACCGCCCAAUCAGAAGAAAGCUCCAGCCCGGAAGGCCAACAGCACAGUCACCGCCACAAGACAACCCAAAAAGGGCGGGAAAUCCGGCUCAGCGAACGGCGAGGAGGGGGAGGAGUCUUCUCUGCCCAUGACGUACGACGAGAAGCGACAGCUGAGUCUGGACAUAAACCGUUUACCCGGAGAGAAGCUGGGCCGCGUGGUGCACAUCAUUCAGUCCAGAGAGCCCUCCCUGCGAGACUCCAACCCCGACGAGAUCGAGAUCGACUUCGAAACGCUCAAACCCUCCACGCUGCGAGAGCUCGAGAGAUACGUCAAGUCCUGCCUCCAGAAGAAGCAGAGGAAACUCAUGCAGAAAGCAGCUGGGGGCGGGGCCUCGGGCGCAGGGGGCGGGGCCAGUAGGUUGAGUGGCAGCUCGUCCUCCUCCUCUGACGACAGCUCAUCCACGGGGAGCUCCUCCUCCUCCGACACAGACUGAACAGACUCUGUACAUACGCCCCGUUUUUAGAAUAGUGUUCUCUCCCACCUCGGACUCAGACCCCCGAACGCACCACAUUCCACCGACGACAGCCGGCGCCGCCAAACCCGAACCCCCGCGAACGCUCCCGAACGCAGCGGGAGCCCCACGCACGCCAUGGACCGCACGCCAUGGACCGCACCGUGGAAAUACGGAGAAAACUGGAUUCUAUCUGCCAAAUCAUGGAGUGUAUCAGAAAACCAAUCGAAACCAGGUCUGGACCGGGUCAGGACUAGAUCUAAACCGGGUCUGGGCCGGGUCAGGACUAGAUCUAAACCGGGUCUGGGCCGGGUCAGGACUAGAUCUAAACCAGGUCUGGGCCGGGUCAGGACUAGAUCUGGACCAAGUCUGGACCAAGUCAGGACUAGAUCUAAACCAGGUCUGGACCAGGGCUGAGCGAUUCAACCACUCUUUUUUAAAAAUCUAAUAUUUUAUAUUUUGACCCAUUUUACUUGAAUCUAAAGCGACAAACUGUUUAUGACGAAUUUUUACUACGACUUCACAAAUUUAAAACAAAAAAAUUUAAAUCACUUUUUUGUGUGUAUAAAUGAAGCCACAACACACACGGCUGAAUACUGAAACAUGAUCCUUGUGUUUCAGUUUCCACAUUAUUAUUAUCAUCGUAACAUUACCGCUUUUAUUUUGUUUUCGCCUUUGUUUCCAUGGCGACACCUCGGUUUGUCCUGAUUUCUGAUUCGCUCAGCCCUCCACAGUCCGGCCAAUAGGAAACAAGAACUGAGUCUUGCUUUUCAGGCUGUGAUUGGUUCAAUAUUUGGGGUUUGGAAGAUCGUUUUUGUUUUUUUUCAUCAGAUUUUGAAGGUUAAAUGUAGUUGAAUUUCUCACAUUGAAUUUUCUGAAAAAACAUGUUUGAAUUGUUUUUAAAAUUCAAAAUGAAGGAUUCACACUUUAAAUAUUCAACACAAAUGUUUUCGGGCGCUUAAAUUCAGUUCAGAUUUUUCACUGUGAAUUUUAACGGUUUGAAAAAUGUAAAACGUAAAUUGUAUAAACUUAAAUAAUAGAAAUUUAGAAUAAAAACGGUUCAGAUGUUUUUUCAGAGUUAAAAAAUUCAGUGUAAAUAAUGCAGCUUCAUUUGAAAUUCUAAAUCUGGUGAAAAACGAGAUGAUCCAUUUUUUUGGGGGCUCUUUCUGACAAACUCAAACCGUAAACAGACUAAAGACGAACCACAACAUCUCAACUCACGUCUGCGAUCGCUUCGACAAACGCUCGAGUCAUUUCAAGACGUUUAGGACGGGAAAAAAUCAUUCUUAAAGAUCGAAUUUUACGCGAAACCGACUUUUUGGAGCUUGUUUUAAUCAGAAUUCCGCCUGAAGUGGGUUCCUGAAUCUUCGGUGCAUGUUUAAGUCAUCUUGCGAUCUCUCCCGGGCGAUAAUCGAACCCUCCGGUGUACGAGACCACGCCUCUUGUACAAAGCUCCGCCCACAAGCCUAAACCGAAACUGAAACUAAACUUUUUAAUACAACAGAAUUUUCAAGCCAAUAAAAGUUGACAUGGUGAUUCAGUUAAUACCAGGUAAAAGUGUAAUACCGUCGCUUUUUAAAAUUUUUGAAUCGAGAAUUUGACUUUUAACUCCUCAAAAAGUUUUCAAAAAAGCUUAUGAAGUUUUCCAAAUUUCCCAUAACCGACUAGAAUACAUUUUUGGUGCUGUUUUAGACCAGGAAUAUGCCUCGACAUCGUCUUUUCGAAAACCAGAUUUUUUUUUUUUUUGAGAUGUGGUGGUUCCGUCUGAGCUCGGGUCUCUCUGGGCGGGGGUCAAGAGGUCGUCCCUUUUCAAUCGUCUGUAAACUGAAAACGAAAACAAAAAAAGUGUUUUUUCUUUUGUAAACUACACUACAUGAGUUCUCUGCUGUGUGCUGUGUGUCCUCGUGCCGCUGUCUAAAUGUCCCCUUCACAUUUUCCUCCAAACUCCUCCCCCACUGUGGCAACGUUUACGAGAUCGAAAAGUCCAAACGAAACCAGCGUCUUCAACUUUUACCCUUUUUUUUUUUUUUUUUUUUUUCACCCAAAGCGACAAAACGAACUCCUAAAGGACCCGUGUUGUGUUGUUUCCUCGUCGCAAACACACCUGGAGUUACUUUUUAAUCAUUUGUUUUUCAAUAUAAAACCAAAAAAAGAAAAUGAAGAAACGAUUUUCUUCAUUGUUUGUCUUCAAAACCAGAAUGAAAAAACAUAAAGAUUUGUUUUUUCAGUUUUCGAUUUUGUGUUUAAAUGAAAAAUGGAAAACACGGAUAACGAACUAGACCAGGACUAGACCAGGACUAGACCAGGACUAGACCAGGACUAGACCAGGACUGAACUAGGAUUGAACUGGGAUUAAACCAGGACUAAACCAGGGAUCGAACCGGGGACUGAACCAUGAUUAAAUCAGGACUAAAUCGUUUUCAGUCCUGGCCUCAGUCCUGGUCUGGUCCCGGUCUCAGUCCUGGUUUUGGUCCCAGACUCAGUCCUGGUUCUGGUCCCGGGCUGGUCCUAGACUCAGUCCCAGUCUGGUUCAGUCCGUAUGCGGCGCAAAAGUCCGGCGUCGCAGUUUAAGUCACGUAAACGGGAAACGGUCGUUAUCCGUUUUUUUUUUCCAUUUUUCAUUUAAACACAAAAUCGAAAACUGAAAAAAACAAAUCUCUGUCUGCUUUUUUCAUUUUGGUUUUGGAGACAAAUAAUGAAGAAAAUCGUUGUUUUUAUGUUAUUUUUGGUUUUAUUUUGAAAAACGAAUGAAUGAAUGACACACGGAUUAUUUUGUUUCAUUCACACGUGUCACACACAAAUCCUGCACAUUUAGUUUUUAGGCUUUAGUUUUUCCUCUUAAACUGAAAAAACUUUGCUUUAAUUUGUGCUCCAUUGUGUUUUUAAACUCCACACACCUUCACUAGAAUCAUUUGGAUCAUUUCAGACGUGGAAUUGCCAAUUUCUACUGAACAAUUUCACGGCAUUUAGGAUAAAAACAAUCGUUCUUAAAGACGGGAUUUUACACGAAACCGAUUUUAAUUUUUUUUAUUUUUUGGAGCUUAUUAUUGUGAUAUAAUGUUACUCCUGAAUCAAAAUCGACAUCACGAGGUGGAAUAGAACGUUUUGAGCUUCGCAGAUGUAAACAAACUAAUAAUAAUAAUAAAAAGUUACUCAAACACGUGUGAGUGAAACAAAACAAAACUCCAGCUCUGUUUUUGAUGAGGAAACGACGUUAGAACGCGACUUAAACCUCAGAGUCCGUUUUGCGUCGUGUAGAACUUAAACAGUUUCACAUUCUGGAGAAAUUGCUAGAAUUUUUUAGUUUUUUUUGUCGUUUUUUUUCUUGAAUAAGCUUGUGCGUCGCGGUUUCGGUGACGUGGAGACGCGGGCGGCAGUGGCUUUCGUCGUAGGCCGCUGCCGAAAAAAAUGGAAGGUGGACGAAUGAGUUUUGAUAACGUGAGACUUGUUUAUAUAUUAAUGGCCUUUUUUUUUUUUUUUUUUUUUUUUUUUUGAAGAACUUUAAUUUUUUUAGAAUUUUAAACGAAAUUUUUAUCUUUAAUCAUGUUUUUACAUUAUUUAUAUCUCAAAGCUGUAAUAAGUCGGGUUUGAGGGGGGAAAGUCUGUUUUUUUCCCCUUUUUAUUUAGUCGAAUUGUCAUCGUUUGUUUUUGCGAGUCUUGCUUAUUAUAGCUUUACGUUUUUAUAUUUGAAGACAUUUUCGCGAUCAUGAACUUUUCCGACGCCUAAUUUUUUCUUGACUCUAGUUUGAGAAUAAUGAAGACGUUUUGUACUUAAUGUUGUUGCGGAAUCGGAAUUUGCUCCUCUUUUCAGUUUCAUCCUUUUGCGUAAUUUUAUAUAAAGGGCUUUCUGAUUUUGCGCUGGAAUUUCAGUUUGAUUUUAAGCAGGAUUCACCCCGAAACUGUCAAAAUGCAAAUGUUUGACUUGUUUUUUUUGGUUCGUAUGUCUGUAAUUACUUGGCCUAUCCACAUAAAACACAAACUGGUGUGAAGUUACAUCUCGAAAAACGAAAAAUCAAACGUUUUCCACUGUAGUUUCAUGAAUUCUAAUGGUCUUUUUAUGGCAAGUUUAUGGGCUCAAUCCUUUAAAAAAAAAUUAUCUAUAUGUAAUACAGUGUGCGUUUUCUGUUUCUGAAAUUUCCACGGUGAAUUCUAGAGUGUAAAAUCCACCCACAUUGGCCCCGAAACGGUCGGCUUCGUGGUUGUAAUCCUCAAAACAGUGACGCUGGUUUCUUGCGGACGCUUUGGGUUUUAAAAAAUCGGUUUCUUUCAGAUCGACAGAUGAGCAGCGCGUCACGGUUUCCUCCUUUUUUUUUUUUUAUUUUUUUAGUUGAGGUCGAUGCAUAAUAAUAGAUAAUAAUAAUGUUUUUUGUAUUUUAAUAAGAAAAAUGAAAAAAGUGAGUUUAUGUACUGCAUGCACUGCGCCCGUCUGUUCUUUCCGAUGUUUGAGCACUGUAUAGUAGCUGUAAGUAGAGACACAAAUGGGCUCAGAGCUACGCCACGUCCACCGAGAAUUCUACAAACAAACGCGAACAUUUGCCGGGGACGGUACGAGAUCUCGAGAGACGGAAAUCUGCGGUUUUCAGAUUCUAAAAUGAACGCUAAAAUACAGAUCUGUGUCGUAAUACGGCGAGUUUUUGGGUUUAGUUGAUAAGAGAAAGAAUCAGGAUCGACAUUUGUGCGUUUUACCUUUUGGAGAUUUCAUGGUAAUGUGAUUAAUUUGUAGUUUUCAGAUUCAAGAAUGUCAGUUUUUUCAAUUUUUGGGUUUCAGGUGACGGCACAACUUUCUAAAGGUCAAUAAUCUUUAAAACAAACGGGAGGGAGGCUAAAUUUAAUCUUGAUCAACGACAGAUUUUUGGAGUAAAACGAGCACGGUCUUGGUCAUGAACUUUAGAAUUUGGUCUUCAAAUGUUCGUAUUAACCCGCUCUACGUGAACCUGGUGGUUUUUAUCCUGCUAUUUUCUUCGUUCUGCUCCAUUCUCCUGUAAGCGUUGGCGUCGAUGAGCUUCGUUUGACUGGAGUCGAACACUGCGGGCGACGUCACACUCGCUUAGUCCGUUUCUUUAUUCAGUUUGUGGUUUAGUCAAAAAUGGAAAUGAUCAGGUUCAACAUUUGGAAAUUACCGUUUUAAAUUUUCACGGCCACAUCAGGAAUCUAAAUACACUAGACGGUUCGCAAAAACCCCGGAAGUGCGAGUUCGGGCACCAGCCAAUCAGAGAAGAGACAGACAUUCUGUGUUUGCGACGAUUCCCCAGAUCGAGGAUUUAAAGCCGGAACAAAGAGAAUGUUUGGUGAAUUUUAUCAAAGGGAAAGACGUUAUUGUUCUUCUUCCUACGGGAUUUGGUGCAUUACAUACGUCACGACCAAACAGCAGCGAUUGGUUAAAUAAAAAAAGUACCUGCCUACUGUCAAGCGAACGAAUCCUAAUGCUGCGAAGUCACACGGUUUCUACAAAGUGAAACCACCUUAUGAAUCAGGCUAAGAGAAAAAAUAGUAAAAAUCCCAAAGUAAACGCACAAAUGUUGAACUUGAUCCUUUGUAUUAUUGACUAGACCCAAGAACUCACCGUAUUACAACAAAAGUCUGUAUUUUAACUUAAUUUAUUUUAGUGAACCCUCGUCUGGAUUGUACAUGAUCGUAGAAUGUUGUGACGUCACCUGAAAACUACAAAUUAAAGCAAGAAAAACGACCUCGUAAGAUGUUUUAGUCGGUGUUUACGUUUGGACUGGACAGUGAGUUUCAUCUUUUAUAGUUCCAAAAAGCAGCGCUAGAAUGGAAACAAAAAUAUAAAAUCAGAUAAAAAAUUUGGAAACCGAAUCGCAAAAUGUACAUGUUAGGAAUGAAGUUCAAAUCUCGCCAUCUCGUAUCUUCUCGAAAAGAUCUCGUCCCGUCCCCAAGGCUGAACCAGAAACUGAUUUUGGUUUAGAUUUGGGGAUGUCACAAUCUGAAAUUUUAGUCUUUUACGAUUAUGAAAUGGGUUCGAUUUUUAAAGCUGGAUUGCGUAACUUUUCUGGUUAAACGCUUGUGUUUGUGGAGAUGUUGUCAUCAUUGUUUUUGUCUGAAAUGUUUCACAGUAUGGCUUUAAACCUUUCUGUCCUCACGGAAACCAGAUCUGACCAGAAGAAAGCAGAAGUUCUGGGUCAGAUCUGUGGAGAGUCUGUUUUUUCGAGGUAUUUUUGAGCUAUAAAACCACCUGUAAUUGAAUAAAUGUACAUUUUAAAGUCACACUGUGGAACAUUCCAGGCAGAGAAGUGACGUAUCCAUAGAAACAAGUAAGUUGACGGACGCCCAACCAAAAAAGUUUCGCAGUGCAGCUUUAAUUCUAGAUCUAUAUCACUUCAUGAGCUUUAUUUAAACGAACUUUCGCCGAGAACGUUUCAGUUUUUCUUUGACGAUGGCGCGAAACGUAAAAAAAAAAAAAAGUCUGUUGAUUAAAUGUAAAAAUGCAGAGUUUUUUGUGACAUCCCCGUUUCAGAUCCACACUCACGUCGACUCUGAGGGGAGCGGGUUUUAGGGUUUAUGGGAGGUGUAAAUGGAGUGGGCGUGGCCAGGUGGAGUGGGCGUGGCCAGAGCUGCAAACUCUGAUAGAUCGAUGUAAAAUUACUGAUGGAUUAUUUUCUGAGUUCCUUUGUUUUCAUAAAUAAACUCAUAAACAAGAGAAAAA